AUGGCGGCCAUGCAGACUCAGGCGAUUUUGUCACCCUCCCGCACGUACUACGUUGCGUUGUUGCCGCAGGCUCGUGAGCAAAGCGCGCUGGCCGCGUGCUGGCAGCCGGGCGCGCGGGAGCACCUGAGCUUACGGUCGACGGAAGCCUUGGCGCUGGAGCGGUACCGUUGGUGGGAGCAAGCCAAUGCACCAUUGCCAGAUCCCUGCGUGGUGAAGGUGGAAUUUACGAGCCAGGGUUGGGAUUGGUUGCAGCGAGAGGGCCUGUUGAAGAUUUUGAAUCCGACGACGUGGGCGCGAUUCACCGGUGUCCUGCAGAUGGGCCGGGUGGUGCCGAGCGCUGAAGAGGAUACGGAGUUGUAUCGGUGCUCGGUGGUCGCUGCCAAGACGCUGCAUGCUGCCAGUUGCAUGCGUGUACAAAGUCUUUCAAACGGCAACAUGACUGCAGGAACUGCCGAGAAACGUUUGAAGACUUUGUGGAACAGCAUCCGAGUCUUGAUCAUCGAGGAGAUCAGCAUGGUUUCGGCUAUGAUGUACAACAUGCUAGACUUUCGAGCUAUGUUGGGUCGUCGUGUGGCUUGGCACGUCGAUCCCCAUACAUACUCCAAAGUAGGCUGUGCUUUUGGUCGCGCUCCUAUCGUGUUGCAUCUCGGUGACUUCUUUCAGCUUUGGCCUACCGCACAGUUGUCUUUGCUGGAUGACUUGGAUGCAAAGAAUACCGAUGGCGAGCUCAAGUACGAGGCAGUGGCACCUGAAGUACAGCACGCGCAAGAAGUGAUGGCAAACAUCCCCGAUGUUUUCGAGCUGCGAGGGACCAUGAGGUUCAAGUCUGGCGAUCCUUUGAUCGACCUACUGCAGUGCAUGCGACAGGGGAAGAAGUUGCCAACGCCUCUUUGGCGGAAAUUCCAAGGCCGUUAUGCAAAAGACACCGAGCCUGGUGUCCCAGACCCUCGCUUUUUUGAAGACAAGUUUCGCUACGGAUUUUGCAUGUCCAUCUAUUGGAGUUCUUUGGCGCGCAUGUUGUCGCAUCGCGCUGUUCUCGAUGCUAAAGAGUUGCAGGUUCCGUUGGUCAUGCUGCAAGCUGCCGAUGAAUGUUGUGACCUCAAACAAGACGCAGCUUUUCGCUUUCUGAAUAUGACUAAUCCCAACAAGACAGGACACAUGCACGGCAUGUUUCCUUGUCAUAUCGGCAUGGACAUACGCUUUCUAGCAAAGCUCGAUGGUGAUGCAGGUAUGGUCCAAGAUACCCAGGCUAAGAUCAUCGAUUUUGAGUUUCACAGUCUGACAGAGAAGCUUACCGCCAAACCGCCCCUGGUGAAAUGCUAUUCAGGCUGUCCGGAUUGGGAAGAACUUCAAGAGAUGUGUCGUAAGCAUGUUCAGACAGAUGAAGAGGCUUGCAAGCUGGCGAAAAGUUUUUGGUUCUUACCCGCAGUUGAAGUGAAAGUUCUCUUUUCCAGCACGCAGAAGCACGAAGUUCGCCGUUGUGGUUUUCAAGUGACACAUGCCCAGUGUUUGACCAGCACUGCUUCGCAAGGCUUGACGCUGCGCACAGGCACGAUCGUUGAUUGCGCGCGCUUGCCCGAGUUAGAUGACGACAAUUGGUGGCUCCACUUGUAUGUCAUGUUCUCCAGAGUCACAUCUCUCGAUGAUCUACUUCUUUUGCGCCCACCUCCUCGCGAGAUUUUGGAGCGGGGCCCUCCUGAGUCCAUUGUCGCUCGUGUGGCAGAAUUCCAUAAGAGAGCAGAACGAUGCCGAGAUGGCGCUCUGCGUCUACGCGAGCAAUGGGAUGUUCGUCGAUACUUUCACUCGUUGAUCCAAGAGCAUAGAGUGGCGCCGAGCGCGUGGACCUUUCUGGACGUUAGCGCUGUGAGGCAAGCGCUGUACUUGGGAGCUGCCAGGCCUGCGCGGCCUGUAGGUCGUGCGGUCGGAGCGGAGGAGUUGAGCCAGACUGCCGACAUUCGAAGUACUGCCAAGUACUGCAAGGCAGAUGCCACUUCGCACCGAAGCCCCGCGACGCAGAAGCGCAUAGCAUGGCAGAUGCCACUUCGCACCUACUUCUUGUUACAGAUCUGUGACGCACAUGCGCGUAGCAUCCUCUUGCAGAUACGAUCCCAUUUGGAAAGCGUUGCAGGACAGAUGCCACUUCGCACCUGUGACGCAGAUGAGAGCAUAGCAUCCUCUUGCAGACACGAUCCCAUUUGGAAAGCGUUGCAGGGCAGAUGCCACUUCGCACCUGUGACGCAGAUGAGCGUAGCAUCUUCUCGCAGAUGCGAUCCCAUUUGGAAAGCACUGCCGGGCAGAUGCCACUUCGCACCUGCAUCUUACGAUCCCAUGACGGCAUUUUCUGAUACUCCUCGGGCUGACGAGAUUCCAGCAGAAAUGGCUUACUGA